GCUGUUCGGGAAUCGACUUUCAUUGAAGCAAAGUUGACGAAAUUUUUGGAUUCGAAAUGAAGAUUCCGAUUCGACACAGUUUCAUCAGAUUAAUACUGUUGAUGGAGGCUUGUUUAUUGAUUAAAGGCGAGGAAUGCUGGAUGCCUAUGGUUUGCGACGGGAAACCCACCUGGAAGAACGUUACGCAAGGACAUUGCACAAAAGAAGAAGAAAAGGCUUUGGAAGCUUUAACGGAACAAUUAGACGGGAUGGAAAUUAAGCUCUAUCAUUUAAAAAAGGCGAUGGAAGAAUCAGAGACGAACUCAGUGCCGCCCUCUGUUGCGGGUGUCAAAGAAACGACGACUCUCCAGGGAUACAAAGACAAGAAAACUUCUUCGGCCCGUAUUUCAACCGUCCCUGCUACAACCCCGUGGUCAACUAAGGAAUCAUUUCUCUCUACUGUGCGCCCACAAACUACAAAAGUUGAACAGAAUACAGAAUGCGGCGUUGUCUUCAAUUCCAAAUGUUUUCAAGCGAUCGUUUAUGACGCGAGGAACGUCUCAUUAAGCGUCGCUGAAUCUCUUUGCAAAAACAAACUAGCUAACAUUUAUGCGGUCACACACUACAACUUGCUUCAAGAUUAUUUACGAUCAUUGAUUCCUGAUGGAUUGUACUUGAUUGAUGUUCGUUCGGGAAUGACCUACAAGAACGGUCAGCUGUAUUCAACGACGGGUCAAGCUAUAUCUCUGCCAACUGAGGUUUGGCAGCCUAAUCAUCCAUAUUCUGAUGUAUCGUACACCACAGUUGUUGUUCGUGUCAAUCAAAACCCGGAUGCUGAACAUCAAGGGAUUCGGAAUUCUCGUCCUUAUAAUUUAUUUCACGGAGCCAUCUGUGAAAAUGAAUUAUAACUGUGUCCAUUGAAAGAUUGAUGGACAAAACAAAAAACUUUGAAAGUACUUGAAUGAGUAAUUCACCCCAGGAGCUUCAUUUAUUACUAUUUUCACAGUUGAACAAGCAUAUGAAGUAAAUAGAUCCUGCAUGCGGUAUAUAAUCCCCAUAUGGGAUACAGUUAGAGUGUAGUGUAGAGUAACUACUUAUCACUUGAAUAAAUUACCAAUACUUUUAUUUGAUAAAAGCGUCACGAUGUUUAGGUUAGCGUAGAAGCCCGAAAUGUUUCAAAUCCCCACUUCGAACAAGGCUCUGUGCAAGUCUCACUCAUGCUCGGAGCACUAUGAAUCGGUAUUUCGGCUCCGAUUUGUCUGUGAUACACAGAUCACAAUUGGCCUAUUAAAAGAUUGUAUGUUUGCAAGACAUUUUGAAUAAGAUUUGAAAUUAAAUUGAAAAGAGACGAGCCAAUGAAUCAGUGAUGAACCAUAUUUACUCCACACAAUCAAUUCCACUGAAUUCAAACUCGAGUGCUAUAUGUUGAACCGAUGCGAUUUAAUGCUGACUUAUUCAAAUUGUCUGUCUGUCGGGAUUUUCUUGAGGAGGAAUUUCAAUAAAACUGCAAUCAUUGUUAGAUUUCUACCAAACAAAUAUUUUUUUAUUUUUUAGAUGUGUUCAAGAAAUGUUUGAAUUUAUUAUUUUAACCCAAUUUGUUUCUGAGUGAAUGUAAAUAAAAUUGAAAUGUUGCCGAUUUGGUUUACUCAAAUGUAUAUUUCAUUUUCAAGAAAUUUCAGUA